CCCCCCGUUCCCAGCGCCUUCGUGGUGGAGCAGCAGCCCAGCACGCCCAACGCCGGCAAGCGGCCGCUGGUGCUGCGCACGGCCGGCAAGUUCUCGACGCGCGCGCGGCUGCUGGUGCGGCUGCACGACCGCAACCACGGCAUGGAGGCCCGGAUCCACAUCGACAGGUGGGACACGCGCCGCGGCGAGGGUCCCCUGGUGGUGACGGAGGAGCUGCACCUCAUCACCUUCACGCUGGCUUACGCCUACUGCGGGCUGGAGCUGGAGCUCGAGGCCACCACGCUGCCCUUUGUCAUCAUCUCCAACAACAACCAGUUCUCCAGCGCCUGGGCCUCCAUCCUGUGGUUCAACAUGCUCAGCUCGGACCCCAAGGCCCAGCAGUUCUUCUCGUCCCCGCCGCCAGCCCCGUGGCCCCGGCUGGCCGAGGUGCUGAGCUGGCAGUUCCAGAGCGUGGCCGAGCGCGGCCUCAGCCGGGACAACCUCCUGAUGCUGGCCAAGAAACUGCUGGGCUCGAAGCCGUCCCCGGACAGCGCCGUGGCCUGGCCCAAGUUCUCAAAGGACGGCCCUGCCGGUUUCUCCUUCUGGGCCUGGCUGGACGGGAUCCUGGGGCUGAUCCAGGAGCACCUCAAGCAGCUCUGGAAGAACGGACUCAUCCUGGGCUUCGUGAGCCACAAGCAGGCCGAGAAGCUGCUCAAGUCCAGGAGGACGGGGACGUUCCUGCUGCGCUUCAGCGAGAGCGUCCUCGGGGGUGUCACCUUCACGUGGGUGGAGCACCACGAGACAGGGUCCCCCACUUUCCACGCCGUGGAACCCUACACAGCCUCGGAGCUGGUGUCCCUGGCCCUGCCCGACAUCAUCCGGGACUACCACAUGAGCCUGGAGGAGAAGAACCCAGAAAACCCCCUCAAGUUCCUGUACCCCAGCACCCCCCGGGACGAGGCUUUCGGGCCCUUCUACAGCCAGAGGCUGGAGGGGAGCCUGAGCGAGUCCCAGAAGUACCUGAACCGGCGCCUCAUCCGCGUGUCCUCCAGGCCCCCCAGCAAGCAGCAGACAGAGGAGGAGCUGGCGGUGGCCACGGAGAACCUGGAGACGCUGCGGCUGCAGCCCCGGGGGCAGGGGACACCGGGGGGCCUGGGGACACCUCAGGGCUUGGGGACACCGCGGGGCUUGGGGACACCGGGGGGCCUGGGGACACCUCAGAGGGUGGCCACGAGCCCAGGGACACCGCAGGUCACCCCUGGGAGCUUGGGGACACCACAGGUGAUAGCCACAAACCAAGGGACACUACAGGUGGUGGCCAUGAGCCCAGGGACACUUCAGGUCACUUCUGGGAGCUUGGGGACACUUCAGGGGGUGGCCACGAGCCCAGGGACACCUCAGAGGGUGGCCACGAGCCCAGGGACACCGCAGGUCACCCCUGGGAGCUUGGGGACACCACAGGUGAUAGCCACAAACCAAGGGACACUACAGGUGGUGGCCAUGAGCCCAGGGACACUGCAGGUCACUUCUGGGAGCUUGGGGACACUUCAGGGGGUGGCCACGAGCCCAGGGACACCACAGGUGGUGGCCACAAACCCGGGGAUACCGCAGGUCACCCCUGGGACCCUGGGGACACCACAGGUGGUGGCCACAAGCCCAGGGACCCUGCAGGUCACGGGCUUGGGGACACUGCACCCACAAAGCCUGGAGCCACCACAGGUGCCAUCAGCGGUCCCCAGCAUGCAGGGGACACUGCAGGUGACACCAGGGGCUGUGGGGCCCGUGCAGGUGCUGCCCGGGGGGCUGCAGGUGCUGCAGGUGUGCCCAGAGGACUUGGGGACACUGCAGGGGACAGUGGGGACGCUGCAGCUGGGCGCUGCGGAGCCACCACGGGUCCCCGAGGAGCAGGGGACGCUGCCAGCCGAGCUGAGGGACCUGGAGCUGCUGCCGGGGGGACAGGACAUGCAGGAGCUGCUGCAGGGGAGCCAGGACGUGCAGGAGCUGCUGCUGCAGUCGCUGGAGGGGCUGGAGGCGGCCCCGGGGACCCCGGGGACACUGGGGACACUGGGGACACUGGGAGUGGCCGAGCUGAUGCCCGACGUGGUGGCGACCUUGGAGGAGAGCUUGCAGCUGAGCCCCGGCAGCGCUGCUCUCCUGGACCAGCACGAUCCGUUCCUGCCGCAGCCCGAGGACGCGGCCGUGCCCUCGGUGCCCUCGCUCUUCACCGACUUCCCCCCGCUGCACAUCGACGCCAGCGACUUCCAGUGACCCCUGCCCGGCACCUCCGUCCCUGGGACCCCUCCCCAGCCCCUCCCGGGGACCCCUGCCCGGCACCUCCGUCCCUGGGACCCCUCCCCAGCCCCUCCCGGGGACCCCUGCCCGGUCCCUCCGUCCC